AUGGUGCAGAAAGACCUGCUUAAAGAGAUGGCUCAGAGGAAUGUGAACGAGAUCUGCCGCAGAAUUAUCCUCAGCCUUCCUUUUGACCCAUCACCUAGUCUCACUCAGAUGAUCGACGCGUUAGAAAUAACAGUAGAAGGAAAAUCACCAGAAGUCUACUGGGCAGAGGUGGUGGGAGAGGAUAAACCCUCGAUGGCAUGCAACCUAGCCCAUGGGUCAGAGCACCUUCAUAUGGAAGGGGUUCUGGACACGGGUGCAGACAUCACGAACGACAAAGUUCAAAGGAUGCCACCUUGGAAAUACCUGGGUCUGGAGAUCGCUGCAAGGACCAUUGUCCCACAGAAAUUGGAGAUCAAUUGCAACCCCAGAACACUAGCGGACCUCCACUCUUUGUGUGGGUCUUUGAAUUGGUUGUUCAACGAGGAAUUCCACCUUAUUCCUCGAGAGAAAAGGAUUCGGAGACCACUCAAUGCUCUCACAGUGUUCACGGAUGCAUCUGGGGCUUCCCACAAGUCGGUGAUGACUUGGAGAAAUCCACAGACUCGGCAUUGGGAAGCUGAUGUCGAGUUUGUGGAGGGAUCCCCACAGGUGGCUGAACUGGCUGCAGUGGCAAAGCUGAGUCACCAGCAUUACCAUCAGAAUGUGCCAGGUCUGAUCCGACAGUUCCAGCUAACACAGAGUCAGGCUCAAGCCAUUGUGGCCAACUGUCCCAAUUGCCAGCUCCAGGCCGUGCCAUCGAUGGGCAUGGGGGUCAAGCCGUGGUCGAGCGUGCACACCAGACCCUCAAGCAGUGUGACAGUUAGUGACCUGCUGGGCCACUUAGAUGCUCACAAGUCUAUGGGACCAGAUGGGAUCCAUCCUAGGGUGAUGAGGGACCUGGCAGAACAGCUUGCCAAUCUGCUUUCCACCAUUUUUCAUCAGUCCUGGCUCACUGGGGAGGUCCCAGGUGACUGGAAGCUGGCCAAUGUGAUGCCCAUCCAUAAGAAGGGCCAGAAGGAGGCUGGGAACUACAGACCUGUCAGCCUGACCUUGGUGCCUGGCAAGGUUAUGGAAUAGAUCAUCUUGAGUGUGAUCACAAAGCACCCACAGGACAGUUGGGGGAUCCGACCCAGCCAGCAUGGAUUAAAGCAGGUGUCGUCCUACAUGACCAAUUUGAUCUCCUUUUAUGACCAGGUUACCUGUCUGGUGGAUGAGGGGAAGGCUGUGGAUGUAGUGUACCUGGAUUUAGUCUCCUAUAGCAUGUUCCCAGAAAAGAUGCCAGCCCUCGGGUUGGACAGGUGCACUCUUCACUGGAUUAAGAACUGGCUGGACAGCCAGGCCCAGAGAGUGGUGGCGAAUGGUGCCACGUCCAGUUGGUGGCCAGUCACUAGUGAUGUCCCUCAAGGAUCAGUGUUGGGCCCAGUCCUGUUUAAUAUCUUUAUUGAUGAUCUGGAUGAGGGGAUCGAGUCUACCAUUAGUAAAUUUGCAGAUGACACCAAGCUGGGUGCGAGUGUCGAUCCAAUGGAGGGUAGGAGGGCUCUACAGAGGGAUCUGGACAGGCUGAAUAGAUGGGCUGAAUCCAUCGAUAUGAGGUUUAACAAGAUCAAGUGCCAAGUUCUGCACUUUGGCCACAACAACCCCUUGCACAGAAGAAGGCUGGGUACAGAGUGGCUGAACAGAAGCCAGGCAGAAAGAGACCUGGGGGUACUGAUCAAUGGCAGACUGAACAUGAGCCAGCAGUGUCCACUGGCUAAGAAUGCAAAUGGGAUCCUGGUCUGUAUCAGUAAUAGUGUAGCCAGCAGAACUAGGGAAGUGAUUCCUCCACUGGACUCGACACUGCGUUCCCUGCAAGACGGAUUGGACAUCUUCUGCCCUCCUAGAGAGGUAACUGUGAUCUAUCUCCGCGUCUUCCUGGAGAAGACUUGUCCCUUUGGGACUGCGGACAUCGUCUAG